AUGGCCCGCUGGAUCCCCACCAAACGCGAGAAGUACGGGGUCGCCAUCUACAACUAUGAGGCCGUGCAGGACGUGGAGCUGUCCCUGCAGGUGGGGGACACCGUUCACAUCCUGGAGAUGUACGAAGGCUGGUACCGAGGAUACACGCUCCGCAAUAAAUCCAAGAAGGGCAUUUUCCCAGAAACUUACAUCCAUUUGAAAGAGGCCAUUGUGAAGGACCGGGGGCAGCACGAGACGGUGAUUCCCAGCGAGCUGCCCCUCGGCCAGGAGCUGACGGCCACGCUGCGGGAGUGGGCAGUGAUCUGGCACAGGCUGUACGUGAACAACAAAACCACACAGUUCAGGCAUGUCCAGCAGCUCACCUACAGCCUGAUAGAGUGGAGAUCCCAAAUCCUCUCCGGGACCCUGCCCAAGGAUGAACUGGCUGAGCUCAAGAAAAAAGUCACUGCCAAGAUUGACUAUGGCAACAGGAUCCUGGGUCUGGACCUGGUUGUCCGAGAUGACAAUGGGAACAUCCUGGACCCAGAUGAGACCAGCACAAUCUCCCUCUUCAAGGCCCAUGAAACUGCAUCCAAGAGGAUUGAUGAGAGGAUCCAGGAGGAGAAGUCCCUGCAGCAGAGUUUGGACCUCCGGGGACAGCCAAUAUUCAACUCCACACACACUUACAGCCUCUAUGUGAACUUCAAGAACUUUGUCUGCAACAUUGGGGAAGAUGCAGAGCUGCUGAUGAGCCUCUAUGACCCUGACCUCUCCAAAUUCAUCAGUGAAAAUUAUCUGGUUCGUUGGGGCAGCAAUGGGAUGCCUAAAGAAAUUGAGAAACUGAACAACCUCCAAGCAGUGUUUACUGACUUGAGCAGCUCAGACCUGAUCAGGCCCAGGAUCAGCCUGGUGUGCCAGAUCGUGCGCGUGGGGCACAUGGAGCUGAAGGAUGGCAAGAAGCACACCUGCGGGCUGCGCAGGCCCUUCGGCGUGGCAGUGAUGGACAUCACUGACAUCAUCCACGGCAAGGUGGACGACGAGGAGAAGCAGCAUUUUAUCCCCUUCCAGCAGAUUGCCAUGGAAACCUACAUCAGGCAGCGGCAGCUGAUCAUGUCCCCCCUGAUCGCCUCGCACGUCAUCGGCGAGAACGAGCCCCUCACCUCCGUCUUCAACAAAGUCAUCGCUGCCAAGGAGGUCAACCACAAGGGCCAAGGUCUCUGGGUCUCCCUGAAGUUGCUCCCUGGGGAUCUGGCUCAGGUUCAGAAGGAUUUUUCCCACCUUGUAGACAGAUCCACUGCAGUGGCUCGAAAAAUGGGGUUCCCUGAGAUCAUCCUUCCUGGUGAUGUCAGGAAUGACAUCUACGUCACCCUGAUCCAGGGGGAGUUUGACAAAGGCAAGAAGAAAACCCCCAAGAACGUCGAGGUCACCAUGUCUGUGCAUGAUGAGGAUGGGAACCUGCAGGAGAAAGCCAUCCACCCUGGGGCUGGCUACGAGGGAGUCUCGGAGUACAAGUCUGUGGUUUAUUACCAGGUCAAGCAGCCCUGCUGGUACGAGACUGUCAAGGUGGCCAUUGCCAUAGAGGAAGUCAGUCGCUGCCACCUGAGGUUCACGUUCCGUCACCGCUCGUCCCAGGAGUCCAGGGACAGAUCUGAGAGGGCUUUUGGCAUGGGCUUUGUGAAGCUGAUGAAUGCAGAUGGAACAACACUGCAGGAUGGCAAACACAAUUUGAUUAUUUACAAGGGUGACAACAAGAAAAUGGAAGAUGCCAAGAGUUAUUUGACUCUUCCUUGCACCAAAACAGAGAUGGAGGAGAAGGAGGCUCCCUCAGGGAAAAACCUGCACUCUCUGGCCAACUUCACCCCCACGAAGGACAGCACAAAGGACAGCUUCCAGAUUGCCACUGUCAUCUGCUCCACCAAACUCACCCAGAAUGUUGACCUGCUGGGUUUGCUGAACUGGCGCUCCAACGCCCACAACAUCGCCCACAACCUCAGGAAGCUCAUGGAGGUGGAAGGAGGAGAAAUUGUGAAGUUUUUGCCAGACACCCUCGAUGCACUUUUCAACAUCAUGAUGGAAAUGUCAGAAAAUGAAACCUAUGAUUUCCUGGUGUUUGAUGCCCUGGUGUUUAUUAUUUCUUUGAUUGGAGACAUCAAGUUCCAGCAUUUCAACGCUGUGCUCGAGACUUACAUCUACAAACACUUCAGUGCAACCCUGGCCUAUGUGAAACUCACCAAAGUGCUGAACUGCUACGUGGGGAAUGCUGAGGACUCCAGCAAGACAGAGCUGCUCUUUGCAGCCCUGAAAGCCCUGAAAUACCUGUUCAGGUUCAUCGUGCAGUCCCGGGUGCUGUACCUGAGUGUGUAUGGGAAGAGUGAGGAUGGGAAUGAAUUCAACGAUGCAAUUCGCCAGCUCUUCCUCUCCUUCAACAUCCUCAUGGACCGGCCCCUGGAGGAGGCUGUCAAGAUCAAGGGGGCAGCUUUAAAAUAUUUGCCAAGCAUCAUAAAUGAUGUGAAACUGGUAUUUGACCCCGUUGAGCUCAGUGUCCUCUUCAGCAAGUUCAUCCAGAGCAUCCCUGACAACCAGCUGGUCCGGCAGAAGCUGAACUGCCUGACCAAGAUCGUGGAGAGUGACCUGUUCAAGCAGGCUGAGUGCAGAGAUGCCCUCCUGCCCCUGCUCAUCGAUCAGCUGAGUGGGCAGCUGGAUGACAACUGCAGCAAGCCCGACCACGAGGCCAGCUCCCAGCUCCUGAGCAGUGUCCUGGAGGUCCUGGACCGCAAAGAUGUGGGUGCCACUGCUCUGCACAUCCAGCAGAUGAUGGAGCGGCUGCUGCGCCGGAUCAACCGCACGGUGAUCGGGAUGAGCCGCCAGAGCCCGCACAUCGGUAUCUUCGUGGCCUGCAUGACAGCCAUCCUGAGGCAGAUGGAUGAUUUCCAUUACAGCCAUUACAUCAACACUUUCAAAACCAGGCAGGACAUCAUUGAUUUCCUGAUGGAAACAUUCAUUAUGUUCAAGGACCUGAUUGGGAAGAACGUGUAUGCAGCUGACUGGAUGGUCAUGAACAUGAUGCAGAGCAGGGUUUUCCUCCGGGCAGUGAACCAAUUCACCUCCGUCCUCAACCGCUUCUUCCUGGAUCAGACUCAUUUUGAGCUCCAGCUCUGGAAUAACUAUUUCCACUUGGCCGUUGCCUUCCUCACUCACGAGUCCCUGCAGCUGGAGACCUUCUCCCAGGCCAAACGCAACAAAAUCAUCAAGAAGUAUGGGGACAUGAGGAAAGAAAUUGGCUUCAAAAUCAGGGAUAUGUGGUACAACCUGGGUCCCCACAAAAUCAAGUUCAUCCCAGCGAUGGUGGGGCCGAUCCUGGAGGUGACCCUGGUCCCAGAGCCUGAGCUGAGGAAAGCAACAAUUCCCAUUUUUUUUGACAUGAUGCAGUGUGAGUUCAACUUCAGUGGGAAUGGGAACUUCCACAUGUUUGAGAACGAGCUGAUCACCAGGCUGGACCAGGAGGUGGAGGGCGGCCGAGGGGAUGAGCAGUACAAGGUCCUGCUGGAGAAACUGCUGCUGGAGCACUGCAGGAAGCACAAGUACCUGGCAGCCCCAGGAGAGGUGUUUGCCCUGCUGGUCAGCAGCCUCCUGGAGAACCUGCUGGACUACAGGACCAUCAUGCACGAUGAGAGCAAGGAGAACCGCAUGAGCUGCACCGUCAACGUGCUGAAUUUCUACAAGGAGAAGAAGCGAGAGGACAUUUACAUCAGGUAUCUGUACAAGCUCAGGGACCUGCACACAGACUGUGAGAACUUCACAGAGGCUGCCUACACCCUGCUCCUGCACGCUGAGCUGCUCCAGUGGUCAGAGAAGCCCUGUGCCCCUCACCUGCUGCAGAGGGACUCCUUCUGUGUGUACUCCCAGCAGGAGCUCAAGGAGAAGCUGUACCAGGAGAUCAUCUCCUUCUUUGACAGGGGCAAGAUGUGGGAAAAAGCCAUUCAGCUGAGCAAGGAGCUGGCUGACAUGUAUGAGAACAAGGUCUUUGACUACGAGGGACUUGGCAAUCUCCUGAAAAAAAGAGCCACUUUUUAUGAGAACAUCAUGAAGGCCAUGAGACCUCAGCCUGAGUACUUUGCUGUUGGCUACUAUGGACAGGGUUUUCCCUCUUUCCUCAGGAACAAGAUUUUCAUCUACCGUGGCAAGGAGUACGAGCGCAGGGAGGAUUUCAACCUGAAGCUGCUGACCCAGUUCCCCAAUGCUGAGAAGAUGACCAGCACGGCCCCUCCAGCAGAGGAGAUCAAGGCUUCCCCCAAACAGUAUGUGCAGUGCUUCAUUGUGAAGCCUGUGAUGAACCUGCCACCUAAUUACAAAGAUAAACCUGUUCCUGAACAGAUCUUAAACUACUACAGAGCCAACGAGGUGCAGCAGUUCACUCACUCCAGACCUGUCCGGAAAGGAGAGAAGGAUCCAGACAAUGAGUUUGCUAACAUGUGGAUAGAGAGGACAACCUACACGACAGCUUAUUCCUUUCCAGGCAUCCUCAAGUGGUUUGAGGUCAAACAGGUCACAACGGAGGAGAUCAGCCCCCUGGAGAAUGCCAUAGAAACCAUGGAGCUGACCAAUGAGAGGAUCACCAACGUGGUGCAGCAGCAGGGCUGGGACCGCAGCCUGCCCGUGCACCCCCUGUCCAUGCUGCUCAGUGGCAUCGUGGACCCCGCGGUCAUGGGGGGCUACACCAACUAUGAGAAGGCUUUCUUCACAGAGAAAUAUCUCCAAGAACACCCUGAAGAUCAAGACAAAAUUGAGCUGCUCAAGCAACAAAUUGCAAUACAGAUGCCUCUCCUGGCAGAGGGGAUCCGGAUCCACGGCGAGAAGCUGACGGAGCAGCUGAAGCCGCUGCACGAGAGGCUCACAGCCUGCUUCAGGGAGCUCAGGAGGAAGGUGGAGAAGCAGUACGGGGUCAUAACUCUGGUGAGGAAACCUGGUUCUUCCAUGUUUUGCCCCAGAGGAACCAAACUCCUCCUUUUCCACCCCCGCUCGGGCUCCAUGGUGCUGCCCUACAUCAUGUCCUCCACCCUCAGGAGGCUCUCAGUCACCUCCGUGGCCUCCUCUGUGGCCUCCACGUCAUCCACCUCGUCCGACAGCGCUCCCUCCAGGCCGGGCUCCGACGGAUCUACCCUGGAGCCUCUCCUGGAGAGGAGAAUAUCCACGUCUUCCAGAGCUGAGGAGCUGCCUGUGAAAGAAGAUGGUGACAACAGGAUUAGCAAACUCAAGAGGAAGGAGUGGAGCAUUAGCAAGUCUCAGGUUAUUGUGGAGAAGGAGCCAGAAACAGAAGUGACUUCCAAAAUGGUAAAAACCCCAUGCUCCCCCUCGUUGCAGGCUGAUGGAUUGGCCACGCCACCCCCCCCUCCCCCCAAAAGCAAACCCUACGAGAGCAGCACCCCCAGGAACUCUGUGGAGGUUGCUCCAGCGCUGCCCAGCAGGCGAGAGGCCAAACCUCCCCCUCCACCCCCCAAAACCAGGAAAUCCAGCGUGGUGUCCUCGGAGCAGGGGCUGCCCUGAGCCUGGGGGGUGCCAGCAGUGCCAGCCUGCAGUGGUGCUUCAUCUCCUGCCAGCCUGGCAUCUCCCUGCCCUGGCAUCUCCCCUGCCCUCCUUCCACCCUGCCCUGGAGCUUUCCUGGCAAAUCCCACAGAGGAAACGUGGCUGGGGCUGGGCUCCCUCGCUGUGUUUGCCUGUGCACUGCUCACACUGAUCCUGAGCUGUCCCUCACACACUGAUCCUGCCCUGUCCCUCACACACUGAUCCUGAGCUCUCCCUGACACACUGAUCCUGCCCUGUCCCUCACACACUGAUCCUGCCCUGUCCCUCACACACUGAUCCUGAGCUCUCCCUCACACACUGAUCCUGAGCUCUCCCUCACACACUGAUCCUGCCCUGUCCCUCACACACUGAUCCUGAGCUCUCCCUGCUGCAGUUCCUCUCCCUCCUGGGCCUGUCUGUCCUGGGUUGGUCACUGCUGCAAUGCCAGCAGCUCCUCCCAGUGCCCUGGGAAUCCUGGCUGAUCCCACUGCAGGGCUCAGGGUCUGUGCCCAGCUCUGCUUGCUUUGGUACAAGAUCUCAUUUGUGCUUUUAAUGGGGUGGGAAAAGCAUCCUGUGAAUGUUGGAGAUGACAGAAGCUGCACUUUGGCCAGGGCUGGACUGGCACCACUGCACUGAUGGCAGAGCUUCACUGGCACCACUGCACUGACACCAGGACUUUACUGGUUCCACAAACAGAUCAUGGCCUCUUUAUUUAUCAUCAAUAUUGAUGAAGAUUUUGCUUUCUCUUCCAGGAAAUAAUUUUGUUUGUUCAUUCUGUCACUUUGCUUCUGAUUAUCUUGUAGGAGUUGGGAGGAGCCACUGAAACCCUGCUGAGGGUGUUGCUCACAGCAGGAAUACAAUUAUUGUUGGGCUGGGGGUUCAUGGGCCAUUAUUGUGCUCCCCUGACUGAAAGAAGUUUCUGACCUUACUGAAAAACCAAAGUUUGUUAAACCUAAUGAAAAGUUUCCUCAGCAAAGUCUUUUUCAGGGAAAAGCAAACCCAACAAAACCCAACCCAACAAAAGCCACCCCCAGGAGGGUUUUGCUCAGACUGAAGUUGUCAUUUCCUUUUGUCCUUCCCAAUUCUUUUGACAUGAGUGUGAGUGCAGGGGCUGGAAGCAGAUUGCCCUCAUCCCAGAUCAUCCCAGAGUGCCAUCAGCUCCAGCCUGAGCUGCUCUGGAGGUGGCACUGCAGUCACAUCCCAUCCAUCCCCAGCCUGAUUGCUGCUGCACAUUCCAGCUGCCUCCGGGCUGCUGCUCCUCGGGGGAGCUCUUGGAACCUCCCUGGGGCACUGUGUGCCCUGUCAGCUCCUCCUCGUGUUCCUGACACAGACACUGCUCAACUGCAAAACCUCUGGGCUUUCCUGCCCUUCAUUUCCUGUGCAUUCUCCCUCCCUGGAUGCUCUGAAAGUUCCCCUAAAGCAGCUUUUUGUGUGGGCUGAGGUUCUGCUGCAGGCAGAGCAGCAGGAUGUGCUCUGGGCUGUCUGAGGUGCAUCCUGGUGUUCAUUCUGUGCCUUUCUCCUCUCAGCCAGGUUGGGUUUAACGCAGUGGGUCAGCAGGAGCAGGGCAGGCUGAGCAGGGAUCCCAGGAUGGUUUCCCUGGUGUGGGCAAACAGGCUGAGCUGUCAGGUUUGGGUGUUUUGGUUCUCAGUGACUUUGGAGUCCUCUUUGCAGCCUUUUUGUUCUGCUUUAACCACCUUCACAUAUGGAGGUACCUUUUGCAUCCAGGUUUUUUCCUGGAGAAGGAAACCUCCAUGCAGAAAACACUCACAGGAGGAGGUCUGACCUUGGGAAGAAUUUUUCAGCUGAUUUUUAAUCAGCUGUUUGCUCUCAGAUUCGGCUCUGGCUGCAUUUUCUGCAGCUACAGAUCAGGAUUUUGAGCAGAAUCUUUGGCAUGUUGGUGGUGAAUUAUCCCUCCCUCUCUGCAGCUGCCACCUUCAGCUCUGCCCUGCCUUGACACUGCUCCUCUCACCUUAAACCUCACCUGGCUUUGCUGCUCACAAGUUCAGGUUCUCCCGUGCCCCCUGUGCGUGCCCAGUUUGGGGUGGGCACCCCUGGCUGCGAGGAGAGGAGCAGCUCACACCAAAGAGCUCAGAACAAACUUUCCCUUCCCAGCACAUUUUGGGCAUUUCACUGGCAAAUUUGCCACAAAGGACUCUAAAUUUGGUUCUGUUUUUUUCCUUUCUCAGCAUUAUUUAUGUUUUAGAGUUUUAAACUUGUCCCACUCCUGCUCCUUUUGGCAGUGUCCCCAGUGUGGUGUCCAGUUCUCUUACCUGGCUGGUAAAAGUUGGCAUCACUGGGCUCAGAGGUGCAAGAUGGAAUUUCUGUUCUGUGCCCAAAUGAUUCAGGGCUUUGGGCCAGUUUUGGGGGAAAAAAACAUCCAAGAGUCAGAUUUUUAAAGGCAUUUGGGCAUUAAGUGCGUGAGGAAGAACAGGGCAUGAAAGUGAUUUUAAAUGAGUGGAGUUAAGUGCCCACUCUAAGGACAAAUCCCACUGGAACCUUCAUUGUGUGAAGUGUUUGCUCCUUGCUUGGGUGAGGUUUCAUUUUCAGAGGCACUUCAAGGUGUCUCUACCUUGUUUCUUUAAAUGAGAAUCAUCUCUUCAGGUUCAUUGGGUGCUUUAGGAAAUGCCUCCAAUGUGUUUUCAGCUGUUGGGUUUCAAAUGGGAAGAGGACAUUCCACAAUGAUGAUCUCUGCACACCACAAAUUGCAGCAAUUUCUGCCCAAUUCCUGCUUUUGAAUAAAAUCUCAAAGUUAAAACAUCCCCUCUGCAGAGGAGACAAAACCUAAUCCCAUUUCAGAGCCAAGCUGCUCAAAGCUGCUGUGAAAUUUCAACUCUUUGAGGAUUUCAGUUUUUCUCCUUUGGAGAAAUGUGCUCAACACUUGUUUUCUGGAGCUUUGAAUUAAAAUGUGUCAUGCUGGGAUGAAUUCCUUUAGAAAUGUGGCAGGGGCAGAGGGGAGCAGGCAGUUUUGGAUUAUUGGAUUAGGGAAGGACAGGGAUUGCAGGGGGAGCAGCUCUGUGAGCCCCAGCAGGGAUUUUGGGGCUCCUGCUCCCGCUCACACUGAGCUGCACUUGCAGUGACAACGCCUCAGAUUUUCCUCUCCUUAUUUAUUUUUACCAUUGUAAAUGGAAAUAAUCACUUUAAGUCUGUAAUUUAACUAAUUUUUUUAUAUAGUGAAAGCAUUGCUGACCUGCUUCUGCUACCUUCUUUUGAUUAUUUUUAUUUUAAUGAAAAACUUGACCUUAUUUUUGCUGUUGCAGACCAAAUCCUGUGGUGGACCAGGGUAAGCUUAUCCAAAGACUACAGCAGGGAGGAAAAAUACACAAAUAAUGGGAUUUUAUGGCUGUUCAAAGCACCAGGUUCCCCUGAUUCUUCUCUCUGAGCAUUAAUUAAAGCACUUUAGGACAUUUUGGGCACUACAGGGAUUAUUCAAAGCAGGUUCACACCUUAACCCAUUUUUCAGGUGCAUGUGGUGCUGGUUUGUAUCUUUAGGCAGAGUUCACCCCAAAUUACAUUUGGGUCAUUUUUCUCACUGUGCUAUUGCAGAGGUUUCAUCACUCUGAACCCUGGGAUGAGUUUGUUGGGAGUUCAGGAGGGUUUGGGUGUUGUGGAAGGAGUUGUUGUGUUCUGGGAUCCUGGGUUGGUGGUUUCAGUGCAAAUGUUUGGGGUUUUUUUCAGUCCUUUGCAACUGAAUCAGUAAAAAAUUCAGCUUUAAAGCGGCUCUGGAGAGAGCUUUGGGAAGGGACUGCAGCUCUCUGGGUAAAUGCCACGAUUCACUCAAUCUGUACAGCAAGGUGUACACAUUUCUGUGGGGUUUUUACAUGUAAUGAUUGCUGUAAAGUUUGUAAAUACAUUUUUAAAAUAAAUGUAGU